AUGACAUCCCUUCAAUCACCAUUCUCCUUCAGCUUCCCAUCACUCGCACAUUCCAGCUCUACACCAAUGAGCGACACUUCAGACGAUUUUGGAAACACACUCUCUGACAAAACUUCUGACGCAGUGUUGAACAAGUUGCAAAUUAUGAAAUCAAAGCUCAGCAAAUUAGACCACGGUUCGCACCUUAUAAAUGAGUUGAAGCAGCUCAUAGAGGAGUCUUACCAAUUGAUAAUUAACAACAAUAACCUCAGCAAUAUUGGACACAAAUACAAUAACUCGCUCCUGAAAUGUAAUUUUAACGACAUGGUAGACGACUUCACAACUCCUAUAACAUACAACGGAGCCGACUACCAAACACCACCGCCAAGCAGCAACCUUCCAUACCAGACUCCCAUCGACAAAAUCAUCGACUACGAAAGCACAUACAACAUCAAAAGUAAUAUACACAGAAACUCGGGUAAUCAACCACAAAUAAUACAUCAGACCAACAACACAGACUACUUACUUACGAACUCGGAAUUUGACUACUUGGAUUAUGCAUAUUUCAACUGCAAUCACCAGAUGGUGGAACUGUUGUUUGAGGUUAACUUUGAAUUGGAAUAA